GUAUCAAAUACAAAAUUCUCUUUAUAUUUCACUAAUUUAUCAUCAUGGUCGCUCACGCUAAAGUCGCUGUCAUUGGUGCCGGUGCCGUCGGUGCUUCUAUCUCUUAUGCUUUGAUGUUGAAGGAUAUUGCCUCCGAAAUCCUUGUUGUGGAUGUUGUCCCCAAUAUCGUCCAAGGUCAAGUUCUCGAUUUGAGUGAUGCCGCUUGUGUCUCUUCCACCCGUGUCCGCGUCGCCACCAGCCAAGAAGCCGGUCAAGCCGACAUUAUCGUCGUCACUGCCGGUGCUGGCCAAAGAGAUGGUGAAUCCCGUGUUCAGUUGGUUGACCGUAACUACAAGAUUCUUCAGUCUGUCAUUGGUGGCAUGCAACCCAUCCGCAAGGAUGCUAUCAUGCUUCUUGUUGCCAACCCCGUCGAUGUCUUGACCCGUAUUGCUCAGAAGCUUUCCGGUCUUCCCCAAAACCAAGUGUUUGGUUCCGGUACCUACCUUGACUCUACCCGUCUCCGAACCAUGUUGGCUGAUACCCUUCACGUCAACCCCAGCUCUGUUCACGCCUACGUCCUUGGUGAACACGGUGACUCCCAAUUUAUUGCUUGGAAUGCCGCUUCCGUUGCUGGCAAGCCCUUGUUGUCGUUCCCUGAAAUUCAAAAGUUGGAUAAGGAAGAGGUCCGCAGAAAGAUUGCCGGAAAGGCCUAUGAAAUUAUCAAGUUGAAGGGUGCUACUUACUACGGUAUUGGUGCUUGCGUUGCUGAUCUUUGCGAAUCCAUCAUCUUGAACAAGAACCAAGUCCGUCCCCUUUCUGUCUUUGUCGACCGUUUGGGCGCUGUUCUUUCCAUGCCCACCAAGUUCGGCGGCAACGGUGUUGAGGAAAUCUACGAGAUUCCCUUGACCAAGGAAGAAGAAGAGCAACUCCAGGCUUCCGCUGAAGCCAUGAAGGCCAUCGUUUCCAAGUACUAGAUUUUUGACUCCCAAAAUUCAUACUUUCAGUUCUCGCAUUUUCAAUAUCUGUAUAUAUAAAAUAAACUCACUUACUUUUGCAUCUGUCAAUCUCUGGCUGUGAAAUUCUGCAUAAAUCCGUGGGAACCCAAAAAAAUAAAGAGCUUACGUGCUUGCAGUUUGGUAUCCAACUGAACCACCAAUAGAGAAGUUAUUUCGACACUGUCUAUCCGCAGUGGCCAGCUC